UGGCGGCAGACAGUAGCUCUUCGUCUGAGGUCUUCCAACCUCCUCGAAACAUCCAAGAUGUGGCGCAUGUUUCCAGCAUGGAGCAGUACCGGAAGAUGUACAAACAAUCGGUGGAGGACCCAUCUUCAUUUUGGGGAGAAAUCGCCAAGCAGUUUUACUGGAAAACACCGCCGGCAUCGGACGGGCGAAAGUUCUUCGACUUCAACUUCGACCACACAAAAGGUCCAAUUUUCGUCAAAUGGAUGGAAGGGGCCACAACCAACAUCUGUUACAACGCUUUAGAUCGGCACAUUGAAAAUGGUUUAGGCGAUAAAAUAGCAUUCUAUUGGGAAGGCAAUGACCCCGAGGAUGUUGGGAAGAUCACCUACAGCCAGCUGAGGGAGGAAGUCUGCAAGUUUGCCAAUGUUCUCAAGGGCUUGGGUCUCAAGAAGGGGGAUAGAGUGGCCAUUUACAUGCCCAUGAUCAUAGAAUUGACGGUGGCCAUGCUAGCAUGUGCUCGCAUUGGGAUUAUCCACUCCAUUGUGUUUGGUGGUUAUUCCUCGGAAGCUCUGGCAGACCGUAUUUUAGACGCUAAAUGUUGCUGUACAAUCACCACAGAUGGAGUCUGGAGGGGGACAAAGCUGUUAAACCUGAAGGCAAUUGCUGAUGGAGCCUUGGCUAUUUGUGAGAAAAAUGGUCAUCAUGUGGAGACCUGUAUUGUGGUGCGUCAUCUAAGUCCUGCAGAUGAGCAGAUUAUUGAUGGCAGUAAUGGAGACAGCUCUGACGAACCGCCUGCAAAACGUCCAUACAGGAAACUGCAAAUCAAGUGGAAAGAUGGCAGGGACAAAUGGUGGCACACCCUCAUGGACGGACAGAAGGGGACAUGUGAGCCGGAGUGGAUGGAGGCUGAGGACCCACUGUUCAUGCUGUAUACCAGUGGAUCCACAGGUAAACCAAAAGGUGUCCUGCAUACAGUAGGAGGCUACAUGCUUUACUCGGCUACCACCUUCAAGUACACCUUUGAUUAUCAUCCUGAUGAUGUGUACUGGUGUACAGCUGAUGUGGGCUGGAUUACUGGACAUACGUAUGUCUGCUACGGACCACUGGCCAACGCUGCUACUGGCAUCAUUUUUGAAGGAGUACCCUUCCAUCCUGAUGCUAGUAGGUUCUGGCAGAUUGUUGACAAGUAUAAAGUGUCCAAGUUUUACACGGCUCCCACAGCAAUUCGAGCUCUCAUGAAGUUUGGAGACGAGUUUGUUAAGAAGUGUUCCCGUCAGUCUCUGGCUGUGUUAGGUACUGUGGGAGAGCCUAUCAACCCCGAGGCUUGGAUAUGGUACUACAAUGUUGUGGGGGAGGGACGCUGUGCCAUUGUAGACACAUUCUGGCAGACUGAAACGGGUGGACAUGUGAUCACACCAUUGCCAGGUGCCACACCCACCAAACCAGGCUCUGCGACAUUCCCAUUCUUUGGCAUUGUGCCAGCCAUUCUGAAGGAUGAUGGUACUGAGAUUGAAGGGCCUGGAGAGGGAUACCUGGUGUUCAAGCAGCCCUGGCCUGGUAUCAUGAGAACUGUGUAUGGAAACCAUGAACGCUUUGAAACCACCUACUUCAAAAAGUUUGCAGGCUAUUACACUACCGGAGACGGAGCUAAGAGAGAUGAGGAUGGUUACAUCUGGAUUACCGGACGUAUUGAUGACAUGGUGAAUGUGUCUGGUCACUUACUGAGCACAGCAGAGAUUGAGUCUGCUCUGAUAGAGCAUGAAGCCGUGGCAGAGGCUGCUGUGGUCUCUCACCCCCAUACCGUCAAGGGCGAGUGUACCUAUGCAUUUGUCACCCUAAUACAGGGGGAGACAUUCACCAAUGACCUGAUUUCUGAACUGAAGUGUAAAGUCAGAACAAAGAUUGGACCGUUCGCUCAGCCGGAUUUCAUCCAGAAUGCACCAGGAUUGCCAAAAACUCGAUCAGGUAAAAUCAUGCGGAGAAUCCUCCGGAAGAUCGCCGUAGAUAACAAAGAGCUAGGGGACAUUUCAACUUUAGCUGAUGAAACAGUUAUUGAAACGUUGUUUAAGCUUCGCCCAAGUUCCUUGUCCUGAGUUCACACCGCUGUCGCCACUCAGCUGAUAGUAGCAUUCAUCACACCUCCAGCAGGUCAUGUCAGCUCAAAUCUUCUCUGGGAUGCAAACUCACACGUAGCAUCUAGCUAAUGGUUUGAUUUUUUUGUGGGGUUUUUUUCUUUCUAGGUUUGCCAUGUUUUAUACACGCACAGUACUUCUCUGGUACACAGUUGUAUCAGGCAGCUAGCAGUUAAUAUCAAACAGCAUUAUUCAACGUCUGUGAAAUUUCAGCAUUGAUUACCAUAUAAAACUCUGUGUUAUCUAUGCAGAAAAAAACAUUAUGACACCAUUUGGGAGCACAGAUAAUUUAACAAAUUCAUGUUUUGCCGUGACAGGUCAGUAUAUGCAAACAUUACAACAUACUACAUGCAGUAUGACAGUUCUGGGUUUGACCAUGUUCUCUCCACAGUAUACAUAUAACUAUCAUGUGACUGAUGUGACCCACAGCAAUCAAAUUUCCUUCAUUCACUGAGUACAGUUUAUACAAGUCUGUGUUAGAGGUUCUCACAUUCAUGAGAAUAACUUCCCCCAGCGUGGUCAUGUUAAUGUUGACGGCUUUAAGUUUCCUUGUUUGUUUUUUCCAUGCCAUAUGAUGUACAUGUAAAUUAUUACAUUUUAUUUUCCUUUUUAUAGAUCGUACUAUUAAUAAGAACGUCAAAAAACUGUCUGACACCAGUACAUGCAAAUAUUAUUUUUCUGUGCAAGUCAGGGUUAGAGGCUAUUCGUUUACUAGACUGUCUAGUCCAAGCCUUGAGUGACGAAGUUGGCUUGUUUUUUUCUUUGUGCGGUCUUAAGCCACUCCUCCUUGUAGUGCCAUGUGAGUCGGCUAGUCUAGCAUCCGCAGCUUUGAUUGUAGUGCCAUGUGGGUCGGCUAGUCUACCAGCAGCUUUGAAUAUGUGUGUGUCAGUGUGUUAAAUAUGCUUUGCACUUCAGUAGUUGAAAUGCCCAUGUAGUUACAUGGAAUGCCCCUGUAGCUACAUGGAAUGCUCCUUUAGUUACAUGGAAUGCUCCUGUAGUCACAUGGAAUGCUCCUGUAGAAUGCUGCUGUAGCAAACUGGAAUGCUCACAUGAUGAAAUAAAAUGUCCUGAUGGAUGUAAUGAGGCAGAAUUCUUAUAGAUGUAAUGAGGUAGAAUUCUUAUAGAUGUAAUGAGAUAGAAUUCUUAUAGAUGUAAUGAGGCAGAAUUCUUAUAGAUGUAAUGAGGUAGAAUUCUUAUAGAUAUAAUGAGGUAGAAUUCUUAUAGAUGUAAUGAGUAGAAUUCUUAUAGAUGUAAUGAGGUAGAAUUCUUAUAGAUGUAAUGAGAUAGAAUUCUUAUAGAUGUAAUGAGGUAGAAUUCUUAUAGAUGUAAUGAGGCAGAAUUCUUUUAGAUGUAAGGAGGUACAAUUCUUAUAGAUGUAAUGAGGCAGAAUUCUUAUAGAUGUAAUGAGGUAAAAUACUUGUAUGUUGAACUUGAAAUAUUCCUGUAAUUAUUAGUGAAAAGCUUGACUUUGUCAAGUGAAAUCCUCAUUAUCAUUUAGUGUCCACUAUCAUAGUUUGACAAUAAGUGAAAUCCUCAUUAUCAUUUAGUGUCCACUAUCAUAGUUUGACAAUAAGUGAAAUCCUCAUUAUCAUUUAGUGUCCACUAUAAUAGUUUGACAAUAAGUGAAAUCCUCAUUAUCAUUUAGUGUCCACUAUAAUAGUUUGACAAUAAGUGAAAUCCUCAUUAUCAUUUAGUGUCCACUAUAAUAGUUUGACAAUAAGUGAAAUCCUCAUUAUCACUUAGUGUCCACUAUCAUAGUUUGACAAUAAGUGAAAUCCUCAUUAUCAUUUAGUGUCCACUAUCAUAGUUUGACAAUAAGUGAAAUCCUCAUUAUCAUUUAGUGUCCACUAUCAUAGUUUGACAAUAAGUGAAAUCCUCAUUAUCAUUUAGUGUCCACUAUAAUAGUUUGACAAUAAGUGAAAUCCUCAUUACCAUUUAGUGUCCACUAUAAUAGUUUGACAGUAAGAUGUCAAUAGGGCUAGUUGGGCAGUUUUGGCAGGUUUACCAUCCUUCCACACCACAACAACUGACAAUAUGGGAUUGCCUGGCAGUAGCCGGUGAAAGAUUGGUCGUCAACCCAAGAUGCUCAGAUGUCCUCAGCCCAUGAAACUGACUACUAUUUUGGCAGUGGUGAACUCUGAGUUAUGGUGCGCUACAGUGAAGCCAAAAAAUAUGUGGAAUGCUGUUACUGAUUGCUAAAAUGCUCCUGUAUUUGGCUAGAAUUCUCCUAUAUAGUUAAAUAGAAUGCUCUUGUGGUUAAAUAGAAUGCUCUUAUUUAGUUAAAUAGAAUGCUCUUAUUUAGUUAAAUAGAAUGCUCUUAUUUAGUUAAAUAGAAUGCUCUUAUUUAGUUAAAUAGAAUGCUCCUGUGGUCAAAUAGAAUGCUCCUAUUUAGUUAAAUAGAAUGCUCCUGUGGUUAAAUAGAAUGCUCCUGUUUAGUUAAAUAGAAUGCUCCUGUGGUUAAAUAGAAUGCACCUAUAUAGUUAAAUAGAAUGCUCCUGUAGUUAAAGGAAAUGGUGUAGUUGAGUAGAAUACCUAUAGUUAAGUAGAAUGGUCCUGUGUUUAAGUAGAAUAUGCCUAUAGUUAAGUAGAAUGAUCCUGUAUUUAAGUAGAAUAUGCCUAUAGUUAAGUAGAAUGGUCCUGUAUUCCUGUAUAUCUAUGCUUUUUGUUAAUGCUCGCCCUGUAUAGCUGAGUGUAGAGAUCGUGGAGUUCCCUGAUGUAGACUUAAGGGGUUUUCACCAUGCAUGAGGGCUUGGCUGGAUAUAUGUUCAUGUCUGACCAGGUACAUGGGUAAUGUGAUUCAUAGCAACUUCUACUUUAAUACAUACAAUACAUGUGUGUUUGAAAAGUAAUAUUCCUGCUAUGUUCAAACCUACGAACUCCAUCGUAGUCUACAAUACUGCUCUGUAUACUGUCGUGUAUUAUUAGUUUGAAGGUUCAUCUCAUUUUAUGGUAACCUUUUCAAGUAAAGGUAGUGUAAAUGAUAUACUUGGAUGUGAACUGAGUUUGUCAGACAGAUAUAUCUACUUGUUGACCUUUACAUGUGGACUGCAUCAUGGUUAAACUUAUACUAGUAUAUGGUAAUGAUAAAACAUACAUCUGAUAGUAAAUCAUUUAUGGGAUGUAUAUUCCAGAGACAUAGCAUAUAGUAAGUACGUGUGUGGGUAAGUUCUUGUGUAGGUAUAGUCAUAAUCAUAAGUUGUCAUUCAGACUACAGGUUGUAGAUGAGGAUUCAUAGUCGUCUCGAUGUUCAUGAAUUGUUUAAUAUUCCAUAUUACUUCGGUGAAAUACAGAUUUGAAGUGAACUCUGAAAUUGUGUAUAGAUAUACCAGUCGUAUCUACAGCAUUACUACUGAUGAUGAAAUAAACUGAUGUAGCGGGC